AUGGCAACUAUUCUCACACACAAAGCUUUCGGCUUCACUCUCUUGAUCUUCUCCAUUUGCCUUUCUUCUUUCUCAACCCUCACCUCUGCCUUGACCAAUGCCGAAGCCGCAUACAUAGCGAAACGCCAGCUCUUGACACUCCCUGAAAAUGGUGAUCUACCAGAUAACUACGAAAUCACAGUCGACCCGAAGCUCACAUUUGCCAAUGACAGGCUCAAGUCAGCCUACGUUGGCCUCCAUGCAUUGAAAGACGUCAUCUACUCCGACCCGACUAACUUCACGGCAAACUGGGAAGGACCUGAUGUGUGUAAGUACAAUGGGGUUGUAUGCUCUCCGGCACUUGACAAUCCCAAAGUGGACGUUGUGGCUGGUCUGGACCUCAACCAUGCAGACAUCGCAGCUCACUUUCCAGUCGAAUUUGGGCUUCUGACUGAUCUGGCUAUGAUCCACCUUAACUCUAACAGGUUAUGUGGAAUUGUGCCCAAGGUCUUCAGGAGGCUUAAACUCAUGUUCGAGUUCGACAUCAGCAACAACCGAUUCGUUGGCCAGUUUCCGACGGUCGUUCUAGAAUGGCCGGAGAUUAAGUACCUUGAUCUCAGAUUCAACGAAUUCGAAGGGGAGUUGCCUCCGAGUCUGUUUUUGAGUUCGUUGGAUGCCAUUUUCUUGAACAACAACAAGUUCAACUCAACAAUCCCAGACACAAUAGGAAACUCUACGGUUUCGGUUGUGACUUUUGCGUUCAACCAGUUCAGUGGGUGCUUACCUAGCGGCAUCGGGAAUAUGUGUACUGUGGAGGAGUUGCUGUUCAUGAACAACAACAUGAGUGGGUGCUUUCCUAACGAGAUUGGGAAUCUAAAGAAUGUGACGGUUCUGGACGUGAGCAAUAACGGGUUGGUAGGGCCGUUGCCGGAUAGUCUUUCUGAGCUGAAGACCAUUGAGGUUUUGGAUGUUGGGUACAAUCAGUUGAUAGGGCUCGUGCCGGAGAAGAUAUGCAGCUUGCCCAAGUUGGAAAAUUUUACGCUUGCUUAUAACUAUUUCAGUGGGGAGGAUCAGAAAUGUGUGCCUAAUCCAUACGAACAAUUGACAUCGAACGAUGAAGGUAACUGUUUUCCUGGCAGACCGAAUCAGAAGAAUACAGAGACUUGUAACCCUGUGGUGACCAGGGUUAUUGAUUGUAAAUACAGUUGUCCCGGCCCUAAACCUGUGACUCCAAAGCCCGAACUGCCUCCUACUCCAAAGGUUGAGCCACCACCGGUUCACUGGCCGCCACCACCAGUUUACUCGCCGCCACCGCCACCGGUUCACUCUCCACCACCUCCAGUGCACUCUCCACCACCACCAGUUCACUCCCCUCCAGCACCCGUUCACACGCCACCGCCACCACCACCAGUGUACUCUCCACCACCGCCAGUUCACUCCCCACCACCACCGGAUCACUCUCCACCACCACCAGUCCAUUCUCCCCCACCUCCGAUUUACUCCUCUGAGUCCUCUCCACCACCAGUUCACUCACCCCCACCUUUCCAGUCCCCACCUCCUCCAACUUCACCACCAUUCCUCCUCCCACCAAAGAUUGGCGCACAGUACAUGUCACCACCACCACCAAUUUCGCAGGACAUUAAGUUUUAGCUUUUUAUUAUUUUUUGAAUAAGAAAAGGAACUUUUAUUGAUGAAUUAGUUCAAAAGGUUACAAUCAUGCUGGAGAACAUCUAGGACAUUUAGGAGCUUGAUUGAACCAAGCUUCUGAUCUCUGACCAGACACAAAAGGCAAUAUAUAUUUGCAAGUCUGUGCGCUUCCAUAUUGCAACUCCUAUCCUGGGAGUACAUUUGAUCUAAGACACCCUGCAAGCCACGUACUCGUUCCUACCUUUAUGUCAUCAACUUCAAUGUUGCCCAGCUCCAUCAGCUAAU